UAGCCGUCCAAGAAAGCAAUCCCCUCACCCCACUCCACAGUCAGCCACAGCCAAGCCAACAAUGCAGGCCCAGGGCAUCGUCGCCCGCGCCCCGGUGGCGAUGGCGCCAACCCCCGCGCUCCGCCGGCAAUGCCGCGUGUCCGCGGUGGCGGUGGCGGCGCCCCCCGUGCGGGCCCGCGUGACGCACUCGAUGCCGCCGGAGAAGGCGGAAGUGUUCCGGUCCCUGGAGGGCUGGGCGGCGCGGUCGCUGCUGCCGCUGCUCAAGCCCGUGGAGGAGUGCUGGCAGCCGACGGACUUCCUGCCGGACUCCUCGUCCGAGAUGUUCGAGCACGGGGUCAGUGAGCUGCGCGCGCGCGCCGCGGGGCUGCCCGACGAGUACUUCGUCGUGCUGGUGGGGGACAUGGUCACGGAGGAGGCGCUGCCCACGUACCAGACCAUGAUCAACACGCUCGACGGCGUCCGCGACGAGACCGGCGCCAGUGCGUGCCCGUGGGCCGUCUGGACGCGCACCUGGACCGCCGAGGAGAACCGCCACGGUGACAUCCUCGGGAAGUACAUGUACCUCUCCGGUCGAGUCGACAUGCGCAUGGUCGAGAAGACAGUGCAGUACCUCAUCGGCUCCGGCAUGGACCCGGGAACGGAGAACAACCCGUACCUGGGCUUCGUGUACACGAGCUUCCAGGAGCGCGCAACGGCUGUCUCGCACGGCAACACCGCGCGGCUCGCCAGGGCGCACGGGGACGACGUCCUGGCGCGCAUCUGCGGCACAAUCGCCGCCGACGAGAAGCGUCACGAGACGGCGUACGGGCGCAUCGUGGAGCAGCUGCUGCAGCUCGACCCGGAGGGCGCCAUGCUCGCCAUCGCGGACAUGAUGCGCAAGCGGAUCACCAUGCCCGCGCACCUCAUGCACGACGGCCGUGACAUGAACCUGUUCGAACACUUCGCCGCCGUCGCGCAGCGCCUCGGCGUGUACACUGCCCGGGACUACGCAGACAUCGUCGAAUUCCUCGUCAAGCGGUGGAAGCUGGAGAUCCUGGAGAGCGGGCUCUCCGGCGAGGGCCGCAGGGCCCGGGACUUCGUGUGCGGGCUCCCCCAGAGGAUGCGACGGGCCUCGGAGCGCGCCGGGGACAGAGCCAAGAAGGAUGACCUCAGGAAGGUCAAGUUCAGUUGGAUCUUUGAUAGGGAAGUGGUUGUCUAGUCACUUGGCUUUGUUGCUGACUUCUGGGUAUGAGAUUAUCACGUCAUGUCGUUGUCUGUCAGUGUCAGGUCAUGUAUUUGCAGUGCAGUAAUUGUGCUUCCUGGUAUUAUAAAAUUCGGUGCAAUGUAUGUUCUGGAAUCUUGGCAAGAAACGGUUCGAUUUUGACUCUAU